GCAUCCAAGGAGCGGGGCGGCGUGUCUUUGGCCGCCCUCAAAAAGGCUCUAGCUGCCGGAGGAUACGAUGUGGAAAAGAACAAGGCCCGCGUCAAGACCGCCAUUAAGUCUCUGGUGGCCAAGGGCACUCUGGUACAGACCAAAGGGACUGGGGCCUCCGGAUCCUUUAAGAUGAGCAAGAAGGCUGCUGCCCCUCCAAAAGCCAAGAAGCCCGUCAAGAAAGCCGCUGCUAAAGCCAAGAAGCCCGCAGCGGCCAAAAAGCCCAAAGCAGCUGCAGCUAAGAAGCCAGCAGCCGCUAAGAAAUCUCCCAAGAAGGCCAAGAAACCCGCAGCGGCCAAGAAACCAGCCAAGAGUCCCAAGAAGGCCGCCAAGAGCCCCAAAAAGGCAGCAAAGAGCCCCAAGAAGGUGGCCAAAAAGCCCGCAGCCAAGAAAGCCCCCGCAAAGAAGGCCGCCAAGCCCAAAGCCAAGAAGGCAGCACCCAAGAAGAAAUGA